AUGACUGAUAUUUCAUCAAUUAUUCAAGGGGGAUACAAUCAUCCUACAAGCAGACUUUGGCAAUCUGAAAGAACUUUAAAAAAAUCAAGUUUAAUCUAUCCAAUUUUUAUAACAGAUAUAGCUGAUGCUGAAGAAGAAAUAAGUUCUUUGCCUGGUCAAAAAAGAUGGGGAGUAAAUAAACUUGAAGGAUUUAUUGGGCCAUUAGUUAAAAAAGGUUUGAAAUCUGUAAUGUUAUUUGGAGUUCCUACUAGCGGAAAGGAUGAAAUUGCUACGAUAGCUGAUGAUGAGAAUGGACCUGUAAUUCUUUCGGUGAAAUUACUUCGUGAAAAAUUUCCUGAAUUAUUUAUAGUGUGUGAUGUUUGUCUUUGUGAAUAUACAAGUCAUGGACAUUGUGGAUAUUUAAAUAAGGAUGGAACUAUAAAUAAUGCAGCUAGUGUUAAACGAUUAGCUGAAGUUGCAACCAAUUAUGCAAAGGCUGGUGCGCAUUGUGUGGCACCAUCUGAUAUGAUGGACGGAAGAAUUAAAGCUAUAAAAGAAUCAUUGAUAUGCGAAGGUUUAGGCAAUAAAGUUGCUUUAAUGAGUUAUAGUGCUAAAUUUGCUAGUUCAUUCUAUGGACCUUUUAGGGAUGCGGCAAAUUCUGCACCUACAUUUGGUAAUCGUAAAUGUUAUCAACUACCACCAAAUUCACGUGGAUUAGCACGCCGUGCAAUCAUACGUGACAUUGGUGAAGGAGCUGAUAUCAUAAUGGUUAAACCUGGAAUGCCAUAUUUGGAUAUACUUCGAGAUGCAAAAGAAAUCAGCGAAAAUUUGCCAGUAGCUGUUUAUCAAGUUUCUGGUGAAUUUGCUAUGAUUUGGAGAGCUUCUGAAGCAAAAGUUUUUGAUCUUAAAGUCGCAGUAUUUGAAAGUAUGGAAUCUUUCUUAAGAGCAGGUGCAAAUAUAAUAUUAACUUAUUAUACUCCACAACUUCUUGAAUGGUUGGAUAAUUGA